UUUACGGUAAAGCAAGACGUGUACGUAAGAGCUCUGUAGUGUUUUCCUGGCUGAACACGGGAGAUGUUUUGAGAUGUUUUGAAUCGGCAUUUGCGUUUUGUUUUCCGCGUUUAUAAGCGUCACUAAUGCAUCCGAGAGAGAAUGUCAGCGGAUUUACUGUUAGACGUCGAGGCUCCGAUGAGCCAUAUUUAUACAGCGAUGGAGAAUAAGGAGCCGGAGGAAGAGAUGUCGGACAUCUCCAUCGACCAGGACGGAGAGUGGGAUAUCAGUUUGUUUGACGAACUGGGUGACCUGGGCGAUGCUGAAGAGCUGCUGCGAGUUCUUGAGGGCACUGGAUAUACCGACAGUGCAGCUGAUCUGAACUUCGAUGUCAACCUACCAGUGUGGAAUUCGGACGGCUGGGGAGACGCCAGCAGCAUCUGUACAGAUGGAGAAGCGUCAGCAGACUCUCUCUCUCCGAGCCACACAAUCAGUUCAGUGUCUUCGCCUGCGUCAGUGGAGGCCCACUCACCAUAUUCUCUGCAGAAUGAAGCUCUAUCUCCACUCUCCCCCCAGUCUCAGCCCUCUCCGCUGUCCGUCUGCUCAGACUCCAGUGGCUUUGUUGAACUUCCCCCUGAGAAGAAGCUGUGCAAGAAGACCAGUCAGACACAGAGAGCUAAGCCUGCCCAGCCAGCAAAGAGGCCCAUUCAUCUGAGCCCCAAAGUUUCCAUCCAGCCCAAACCAGUCAUCACGGCGGUGCCGAUCCCGCAGGCUACAGCUCCACUUCAGGCCAAAACCAUCAUCAUCCAGCCUCUGCAGACCACCAUACUACCUAUGGUCAAGCCACCACCUGUGACCAUUCAGCCAGCGCCUCCUACAGGUCGUCCCGUCUUACUGUCUCAGCCCACCCAGGUGCUGCAGUUCCAGCCCUCCCAGACUGUGUCUGCGCGGGUGCUCACUACGCCCACAGUGGCCCAAGAGAGACCCGCUAACCUCUCCGCCCCUCUCGUGCCUCCACCUGUCGUUACCAUCCCUUUCCAGAACCCCGCGUCAGACGAGGACUCCAGCUUUUCGCGGCGGCAGCAGCGGAUGAUUAAGAACAGAGAGUCUGCAUCUCUUUCGCGGAAGAAGAAGAAAGAGUACCUGCUGACGCUGGAGGCCCGUCUGAAGGUGGCGCUGUCUGAGAAUGAGAAGCUGAAAAGCGAGAAUGGAGUGCUGAAGAGGCAGCUCAACGGCUUGAUGAGUGAGAACACUGUAUUAAAGGCUACUGCUCCAAAGAGGCGGGCGGUGUGUCUCAUGGUGGUCCUGGUUUUCCUGUUCAUCAACAUCGGUCCAAUGAGUCUGUUUGAUGGAGGUACAGGUUCCAGAUUUGAAACAGGCCCCAGUCCAAAUAACAGACGUCUGCUGGGCUUCUCGUCAGAGAGAGACAGUGAUGCGGGGGGCAGCAUGCCUGACUCUGAGCCCCCUCAUACUACAAACAGGCUGGAGGACUUUGAGUCAGUAUCAGAGGAGAAAGCUCUGAUGGUGGUCAAAAGGGAUCCUCUCUUCUUCAGACCUCCACCCCCCUGCCAGCCGACAGUCAACAGGACCAAGUGCAUGAAGAUGGCCAGUGAGCUGAGGGGCUGGGUUCACCGCCACGAGACCGAGCGGACCAAGAGCUGGCGCACCAGCACCACCACCACCACCAGCACCAGCAAUCCCAGAAGCAGAACCAUCCCGAAAACGGGCAGCAAGAAAGUGGAGGUGGCGCAGAUUGCGACUGUCCAGUAUUCGGACUCUAAUGAAAAACGUCAAGGCAACGAGCUGCAAGUGUACUACGCCCCUCACCGCACUUACAGCGACUUCUUUGAUGAGAUCAACCGUCGAGGAGACACCUUCUACGUGGUCUCUUUCCGCAGAGAUCACCUUCUUCUUCCUGCCACCAACCACAACAAAGGAAGCAGGCCCAAGAUGUCCGUGUUGCUGCCAGCGAUGAACAUCAAUGAGAGUGUGAUCAAGGACAGUGAGUUUGAGGUGAUGAUGCAAAUCGACUGCGAGGUCAUGGACACCAGGAUCCUGCACAUCAGGUCCUCCAGUAUCCCACCAGUCUUGCGGGUUAAUGAAACCGAGACCGGCUCUUUCUACCACUCAGCACCAACCAACAACCAAGCAAAACCUCCUGUUGUCCUCAUGGGUUCUGCUUAACUAAAGCAGGGUAUAGGCACCAAAACUGUGAUCAAUGAAUCCCAGCAGCCAUUCCAGCCUUUUGCGAGUAAGAUUGGACUCCCCCGGUGUAGACAAACUACAUUCUUUUUCAGCUUAUAUUUUCAUCAGUGGUGAAGGGAGGGAGCCCCAGCCUCUCUGUAUGUGGCUGAGUACAGUGGAGAGAAUCUGGGCCCCAAAACCUCCUCAUCUCAAUCAUGGGAGUAAUUGGUGAAUAACCACAGGGGACCUAGGACUGAGCCUUGAGGCACCCUCUCGUAAGACACAUUCUACAGCUGCACCAUUAAACUCUUAAUACAUCCAGGUUACAAACCCAUUCCAGUCUUUCAGAAGUUAAUUCCCCACAUAAAUGAUUUGCUUAUUGUAGAGACUCAGCUUUUCGUCAUGAAUAUUCUCUCAGGAAGCAACGUAUAGUUGGCAAUCAACCCACUCGGAUUUAAAAUGUCGUGUUGUUGGUUCAGUUUUGUAUUGUAUUUUUUUUGUUUUUGUGUGGCUUAUACAGAUUUAUUUUUAGUUUGCUUGCACUCUAUACGCUUUGUGCUGUGAAUCUUUGGAAAAGGAUAUUAUUUAUGUAUUUUUAUUUUGAAGUUUGUGGUGAGGAACACAAACAAAGGCUUAUUAUUACAAGUUCUUUAUUUUUCUUAUUCAAAGCAAUGAGAGAAAGAUGCAGAAACUACCUUUCUCAGCCCUUUUCUCAGCCUUAUUGCUUCUUGGAGGCAUUUAAAAUGAUAGUUUUUUGGACUAGCAUUUUUAAACAUAUGAGGUUCUUAAUGGUUCCUCUGUCUUUUGACCUUCAGAGAACUCCAUCCGUCCUGGUAAACUGCACUUUUACUGAAGUGCACUUACAGUCCUGCUCACCAUUAUUGGCACCCCUUCCUUUUCUGCAUAACCUGUACAAUAUCUUCAGAAAUAAAUGUAAAUAUACCAAAGUUAUAUCUUCAGGAUUGUUUAAUUGGAGGUCCAAAGUAAUACAACAAAAAAAAACAUUGUUUUUCAACUUGCAUGUUGCAAUUUUAAAGAAGAAACAGAAUAAACAGCAUGUGCAGCAAUAAAGGCACCCCUUGUUAAUAUUUGGUUGCACACCCUUUGGCUGUGAUGACAGCCUCCAAACGUUUCUUGUAGCCAUCUAUAAGCUUCUUGCACUUCUCAGCUGGUAUUUUUUCCCACUCUUCCUUUGCAGUUUGUUCAAGCUCUUGAAUGUUUGCAGGUUUCUUUUUCCCAAUGGCAGAUUUCAACUCACCCCAAAGAUUUUCAAUGGGAUUGAGGUCAGGACUCAUUGCUGGCCAUUUCAAAACAGUCAAUUUUUUUCCUUUUAAACCAUUCCCGUGUACUUUUGGAUGUGUGCUUUGGGUCAUUGUCUUGCUGGAAUACCCAUGAUCUUUGGCUCAAACCAAGUUUUCUUACACUGGGUAGGACAUUUCGCUCUAAAAUCUCUUGAUAAUUCUCUGAUUUCAUGAUUCCUGUGAUACGGUCAAGGCCUCCAGUACCAGACGCAGCAAAGCAACCCCACAGCAUUAUGGAUCCUCCACCAUGCUUAACUGUUGGUAGGGUGUUCUUUUCCUUAUAAGCUUCAUUGCGCCGUCUGUAAACAAACUGUUGCUUUGCAUUGCCAAAAAGCUCUAUUUUUGUUUCAUCUGUCCACAAAACAUUGUCCCAGAAUGAUUGUGGUUUGUCAAGGUACUCUUGGCAAAGAUCAGUCGUUCCUUUUUAGGUCUUUUCUUUAGCAAUGGUUUCUUCCUUGGCCUUCGCCCAUAAAGCUCUGCAUGGUUUAGUGUGCGGCGUAUGGUACUUGUUGAAACCAUGACCCCAGACUGUUCCAGGUUGACCUUCAGUUCUUUGGAUGUUUGCCUUGGUGUUUUUUCCACCAUUCGCACCAACCUUCGAAGACUUCUCUUGUCAAUUUUCCUCUUUUCCCUCACGUCCAGGGAGGUUCUUGACAGUUCCAUGCUCGGCAAACUUCUUAAUAACAUGGCGCACUGUUGAAACUGGGAUACCAAGGUCUUUGGAGAUGGCCUUAUACCCUUUGGAAGUCUUGUGUUUGCUAAUAAUAGCACUUCUGAUGUCCUCAGACAGCUCCUUUGUCUUCACCAUUGUAACAAAUGAACAUGGCCCAACGAAUGGCUUUUUAAAACCCUGAAGUCAUCAUUCAUUGGCUAAUUCAUGUCACAUGGGCACUGAAUUUGUCACAGGUGAUUAUCAUUUGCGAUUUACCACAGGUGAGUGAAAGUGUGUUUCCAUACUAAUUUAAUGUAAAGGGUGCCAAUACCAGUGUCACAGCAAGCUUUAGGUUUUUUCUGUUUUUCCCUCACAUUGUUUUUUGUUUUAAAUUGUUGUUUAUAGUUUGCUCUUUUGUUUUAAAUAUGAGUGCUCUAUACAAAAAACCUGUUUCAGUUGAUUAAUUUUUUCAGGGGAUAUUCCACAAUAUGUACUUAAACUUCAUGGGUGCCAAUAAUGAUGAGCAGGACUGUAAGUGAAACGUUCAUAGUGAUUGACAUUGAUUAGCAAACACAGCUGUGUGAUCUUACGUUUUUUUUUGUGUGUGUUUUUUACUGUAUCAGUGAGAUGCUGGCUGUUGGCUCCUACAUGCAUCCAUUUAUGCAUUUCCAUAUUAGACUAGCUGUAGUCUCAUUUUAGCGUUUAGCAAAUGUCAUCGCCAGCUUGCUUUUUUAAUGCACAAUUUGAUUCCCAUUUAGUUCCACCUUCCUCAUUAGAAUACAAACACAGCAGUUAGUCAUACCACUUAGAAGCAUAAAUCCUUGUCAGGUCUAAUGGAACGAAGUAAAAAAAAA